AAACUGGCUUGCAUGUACCAGCAAAUAAUUUCACUAAGUCCGACAAAACUGGUUUAUCACACAGGAACUUUCAACCUUCGGAUAUUAUGUAAAAAUCGUUUUUAAUUAAUUAUUUACAAAUUUAUUUCUCUCAUGUUAAUGUGUGUAGGUACCUAUAUGAUUUAAUAUUAUUGAAGAUAGUAGAACUAGAAGUUUACAUAUUUGCAAUAUUUAUAUCUACUUGUCAAAUUCAUAUUAUUUAAAUAUGAAAUUUAGUGUGCGUUAUUUACCCAUAAUAAUUGCAAAUACUUUGCUUCUUACCACCAUCAUCACAACUACCUUAGCUUACUACUAUGGUCACGUGACACAUAUUAUUCCUUAUAUUAGUGACACAGGAACACUCCCACCUGAAAGUUGCUUUUUUGGACAAUUUUUAAAUAUAAUAUGGCUACUAUUAUCAGCAGCGAUGUACCUCAAGUUUAAACAAGUACAGGAUAUUCUUUCGAAACACAAUAUGACUCACAAGAACAAUUUGAAUAAAUUUACCGCUAUAAUAGGACUUACAGCCGCAUUCGGUGUCAGCAUUGUAGCAAAUUUUCAAGAAACUAAUAUGUUCAUCGUUCAUUGGAUAGGAGCAGUUAUGGCUUUUGGAGGGGGGGCUGUUUAUGUAUGUUUGCAGACAUCUUUAUAUUUGACAAUAGCCCCAGUGAUUGGACAAAUGUUUCUAACCAAAGUGAGAAUUGGAGUAUCUGCACUUACUGUGGUAUCCUUCUUAAUAUAUUUCAUUGCAGCUAUGAUUUCUUAUACCAAAUUUAAUGGCCAGAAUUACUUAUCAUGGACAAAAGAAGAUGGUGGCUUCGAGUGGCACAACACGAGCACAAUCACAGAAUGGAUUUGUUCAAUUUCAAUAAUGGUAUACAUAAUGUUGAUGGGCGAUGAAUUCAAGACAUUAACCGUUUAUGAACCAGAAAUCGAUGUGGGUCUCAAUCAGCGCAGUAGCAGCUAAUAAUCUAGAGCAUGAUUUUUAAGGCUUUGAACGCUUUUAAAAUAGUUUCAGGUGAGUGGGGAAACAGUAUUAAUGACUAAAAAGAAGUGAACGAAAAAGAAGGUAUUUUCAACCAUUUCCUGUUUUUGCAAAUCAUUCCAGAAUAUUUUUAUUUAUUUUGACUGAUGUACGAUAUUUAAGAUAGUUUU